GGUUCGCACCGGGACAGUGAGAAACAUGUUAUAGAAGAAGGCUAAACAUUUUAGGAAGAAUUCGCUAUUAAGUAUUAGGUAUUAAUUACUACAGCUUAUUGAUUUGUUUGUAGACAAAAAGCUCAAUUGUCGACGUAACCUACGGCUUGGAUUCCCUUCGGAGGCGGAUAUUAUCUUUGCUCAGUUUUCAUGGCACCGCAAAGAAAGAAGACAUUACCCAAACCACUCCCAGAGGGCUUCGUACUGACCGACACUGAGAAGAAGAAAUGGAGGCUGGGGAAAAUCAUUGGUCAGGGUGGCUUUGGACUAAUUUAUCUUGCCUCCCAGGACGUGGACAGACCUGUUGCAGCAGACACUGGCUUUGUCAUAAAAGUGGAGUACCAGGAGAAUGGCCCCCUGUUCUCGGAGCUCAAGUUCUACCAGAGGGCAGCCAAACCAGAGAGCAUGCAAAAAUGGAAGAGAGGCAGGAAACUGGACUUCCUGGGCAUCCCACUGUACUGGGGAUCAGGGCUUGCUGAAUAUAAUGACCUCAGUUAUCGUUUCAUGGCCAUGGACCGACUGGGCAGUGACCUUGAGAAGGUCCUUGAGCACAAUGGAGGUAGACUUAGGAAGUCCACCGUGCUCCAACUUGGUCAAAGACUGGUGGCUGUGCUGGAGUAUAUUCAUGAAAACGAGUAUGUCCAUGCAGACAUAAAAGCUGCCAACCUCAUGCUGGGUUACAGAGACCCUGAACAGGUCUACCUAGCAGACUAUGGGCUGUCCUACAGAUACUGUCCUGAUGGCGUCCAUAAAGAAUACAAGGAAAACCCCAAGAAGGGACACAAUGGAACCAUUGAGUACACCAGCCUUGAUGCCCACAGAGGACUUGCUCCAUCCAGACGUGGUGACUUCCAGAUUUUGGGGUUUUGUCUUCUUCACUGGUUAUGUGGCUCUCUGCCUUGGGAUAAUGUUCUCAAGAACCCAACUCAGGUCCAAGAGGCCAAGGCCAGACUGAUGGAUAAUCUGCCAGACUCGGUACUGCAGCUGUCAGUGAGCGGGUCCAGCACAGAUGAGGUGGCUGAAUUCCUCCUUUAUGUGAAAACUCUGGACUACCAAAAUAAGCCAAACUACCAGCUUCUCAAAGACCUGUUGGCCAGUGUUACCACAGGAAGACUUGACUUCUCCAUGCCUCAAGGACCUGCAGGGAAGUCAACCACCAAGGUAGACGAUGCCCCCACCAGGGAAAAGAAAGCAGGACGAGCCAGAGGGUCCUCCAAACCCAAAGCUGUGCCUACAGAGGUGGAUCAUGAACAGGAAGAGGAGAGGAAGACUAAACCAGUGCCAGCUCGCUAUGUAAGAGGACCAACCCCCACUAAACCUCAGUCACAGCUGAAUAAAGAUGGAGCUUUGCCUGCUGUCAGCAGAUCACUGAGGCCAAGGCCUGAACCUGCGGUGACUUAUGAAGAAGAUGACAGUGAAGAUGAGGAUGAUGAGGAUGAUGAUGAGCCCAGACCCAGACCCAUUGCUGCAUGCUAUCUGAGAGGCCCUCCAACAGGCCCCAGAGCUCAGCCUAAACAGAAAGAAAUAUCCAAAUGGAACGGCAGGAAAGCAGACGACCUCUGCGUGACCCCGGGGGGACGGGAACGACGAGUCCACCCGCAAAGUAGGAAAUGCAUGACAAACUGUGACUCAAAAGACCAAACGCAUUACAGGGAAGGACGGGAUGAAAGGCUGCUCCACAGAGACCGCUUUGGUGAAGAGGAAAGCUCUGUCGUCAGAGGUCCAGAACGGGAAGCUGGUACCACACAAAGGAAAGAACCGUUUUCCUGGUUUGUCUUUGUAGGUGUCUUCCUAUUCUUGGGUGCUGUUCUUGGAGUUUUCCAAAGUGCAUUUAAACCCUUUUGACAAUAAAAACGGACUUCUGAGUUUUAGCACUGUGGAGAUGGAGCUGACUGGAACACAAAGCCACUUCUCAGGACUUCUGGCCUGCCAUUUUCACAGUAAUAGGCUGAAAUAGAAGCAGUCUUCAGUUUAUUCUGCUUAUUAAAUGUUCAUUAUAGUUUAAUGUGGUAUGAAGGACUACUUUGUGAAAAAAAUGAAUCUCUCAUUGGAGAUGAAGGACUCCCAAGUACACUUAUAAUCAUACACACAAAUAAAACUGUCUUUGACUUUGAA